GUGUGGCUGUGCUUCUGCUGUUCUUCUGCGCCCUCCUAGUGUCAACACUGGGAUUGAAUUUUGACCUGGCAAUUUCUGACCUUGCUCAGGGAGACUUCCACCAAAGUCUUGUGGAUCUCACUUCUGCUCUGCAGAAAAUCUGGGUUGAUUACUUUCUCCGUGCGCUGGAGCAACUCUUUGUACAGUUUCCAUUGCUGUGUACAUUUGUCUUGAGCCACUGGCCAUGGGCACUUCUCGUCCUUCUGGUCCUUCUGGUGUUUUUUGGGCUUCCUCUACUUGUCGGCAUGUGGGCGCCCAUGAAGACCGGGUGCACCAUGAUUCAGGCCAUGGAGACAAGUUUCACGAAAUUGACCCACAUGUCUGUCCAUGUCGUCUUGCCAGUCGCGCUUUUCUAUGGUGACUUGGUCAGUGAUGCCUUGGUCAUGAGCAAAUUCUGGCAAGCUCAGCACUAUCAAUAUUUCACGCUUAAUGCCUUGGCUAUUCUGGCUGGACUGGUGACCACAAGUGUGAUAGGAUCUGCAGGUAUGGGCAGUGCAAGCGAGGCAUUGCAGCCUAUAAGGGGCUGCAUGGCCGUGCUAACAUUUCUGCAUGUCAUACCAUUGUAUUGCUUCUUCUUCGCAUUUUGGCAAUUCGCAGAUGCAAAAUUUGCCACAUACAAGUCUGAUGCCUUUGACCGCCGGCUGAGAGAUAAAGGUCUCACCGCAUUGAUGGCUUCCUCAAUCAUUGGUGAGACAUUUGGGGAAGCAAUGCUGAGUUCGUUUGUGCAGCUGUACGCGGCACUUCGUCACGGACCACUGCAGUGGCCAUCGCUCUUGGCAUGUUCUGUUCUGCUGAGUCUGAUCUCACUUGGUGAGUCCUUCUCCAAGAUCGAUAAGUUCGGUCAUGUAAGUCGUUAUCGACAGGGGCAGGCCGUUGUGGUCGGCUUAGCCAAGCCGCAGUCCGUGGCGUAUGCCGCCCUAUUGCUCUACAGAUGGCUGGCGGUCUGCAGCCGAUUGCUACUUUUCCCGGUGUUUCAGCUGGCAUUGCAUGAGGACUGGCUAUUUCUGCUCCUUGUUUUUGAACUUCAGCUUUGGCAUGUUGCUUACGGGGGCUCCCUUCUAUGGAUCGCUGAUUGCAUUCUCCAAGCAGGUCUGGUGUUUUACUGCACCGAGAAUCGCUGGAAACUCUUCUUUGCGAUUCCCAAUACGCUCAGCUCGUUCGAGCCACUGCUUUUGAGCGGGGAAGGUGCUUUGCUUUCUGUGAAUGUGGAGUUGCAUGCACUUCUCCAUUGUGCCGAGUCGGUGGCUGCGAUCUGGAUGGCCAACGCAUUUGGGAGUGGAGUCCCGGCAUUGUGGGAAGAACACGGCUUUGCCCUCCGACUGUUCCUUGCCUCUAGUGUGAUUCAAUGGCCUUUACUCCUGAUCCUGCGCUGCUUCUGUUCCCACCAACUUCCAAGCCAUGAUUUCGUGGCUGUGACGAAAAUUUGCCUUUCUGAAGAAGCAGAAAGCAUGUGCGACUCUUGUGACGCAAAGAUCCCGUUGUAUGUGGCAGCAACUGUUCCCUUCACGAUGAAAAGUGUCUGUGAUGUGGCAAAGUUGGUUGAUCUCAUGAUGAAGGGCCAGGCAUCGGCACAGGUGGCAGCCCAAACCUGUGACCUCAUCAAGCGCCAUGUCCUUCCAAAGAAGAGCUCCGAACUCCCUGCAAAUGUGACGGCCGCCAGCUGUAUGCAAGCUGUCUUGUGCGCCAUGGAUGCACACUUGUCCAGCCCGGAAGUGCAGGAACAAGCCGUGUGGUGCUUGAAGAACUUGGCGUUGAACCGACCGGAAAACGAAGAGACAUUGAUGACGCUGGGAGGCGCUGAGGCCAUUUUGAGGGCCAUGACGGAGAACUGCAGCAAUGAAGCGGUGCAAAAGGAAGGCUGCGUGGCGUUGGCUAAAUUGACCACGGAACACCAGAACGUCUUGAAGUUUCUGAGUCUUGGAGCAGGUGAGGCCGUUUUGAAGGCCCUGCGAAACUACACAACCAGCACUGGUGUGCAAUGGUGGGCUUUUCAAGCCUUGGGAAACUUGGCGGAGACCAGCGGGGGAAGAGCCAAGUUGCGUGAUCUCCUGGCUGCUGACGUCAUCAACGCUGCAAUGAGCAGCUGCAACUCUGAGAUCCAAGAGAAAGGCCAACAGCUUCUUGAAAAGUUGGGGCAGGUUGGCCACACAGGACCAUGAGUUGUGACAUUGUCUUGCUGUGCAGAAGCUUCUGCAGUGUGCAAAGAUAGGUGUUGAGCUUCCAUGGUGCUGAAAUCUGCUGGAGCUGAUGUUUGACAACUGGACCGAGGAACUUUGCGGGGCAGAACUUUGACCGUUUCAGGAGCAUCCUGCCCCGCAAAGGUUUCUCCGCCUGAAGGAUGUGGGAUCUGGCAAGGUCGAGAAGAAGAAUUCCGGAUCGUGUUUUUCGGAUCAGUGCAAAGGCCCAUGGCCACUUCCACGCCUCCGUCUCUUCAGCUUGAGCGCCCGAGUCGUCAAAAAGUCUUCAGACCGGAAAAAAAU